CCAAAAACCUCCGACUGCUCUCUCUGCAUCACCCUAAUUUCUUCGACCUCUGCUAUCCAUCUCUCGAUUCUUGCUCUCCACCGGAGCCCUAGCGAUCACUCUCCGGCGUCACUAUGCUCAAUCUUUCUUCUACUCUCUCAGGUCACGUUCGAUUCCUGCUCCAGAGCUUGAACGAAGCCAACGCCGAUUCUGUUCGUCGAGAACUCUCUCAGUUUCUUGGAUUUGGAAUUGAGGGAAGCAUUGUGGUGCUACAAACCUGCUUGGAUUACUUAAAUCUUGACAAGGCUGAGGCUGACCUGAAAAACUCCCAGGUGGAAGCAGUUAUAGCAUCAACAUUUAGGUAUGCUUUGGAAAAACCGAAUUCCUGUACAGUCCUCUGUCAGUCAUUGGGAAGUGCAGAUAUCAGCGAGGAUUUCCUAGAGAAUUUCUCAAAAGUGCUACAUCUGUCUGUGUCUGAAAAAAUUGGCAUUGGUCUUGCUUUGUGUGAAUCUGAGAAUCUUGAGGCACGAACGUGUGGGAAGAAGUUCUGUGUGGCUCAGAUUGAAGAGUUGAAUGCAAGUCCGGAUUCUGUUGAUUCUUAUGAACGAAUUCAAAAUAUCAUCCUGUUUCUCCAGUGCUCUGAGGAUCUCUCCAAGCAUGUAGAUUCCUUUAUGCAGAUGUUAUCUCUAGUGCAAGUGAAAGAUGUAGCUCAAUUUGUUUUAACUCCAAUACUCUCAGAUGAAUUGCGUGAGACUAACUUCCUAAGAGAUAUGGACCUUUUUCAUGAGUCUGCAGGAAAUGAUUUUGAUGCUAUUUUAGCAGAAAUGGAGAAGGAAAUGAGCGUGGUAGACAUCAUGAGGGAACUGGGUUAUGGAUGCACGGUUGAUGUUUCACAUUGCAAAGAGAUUUUGUCUCUUUGUCUGCCUCUGACUGAGAUGACUAUUGCUAGGAUACUUGGCAUGAUUGCCUGCACUCAUUCUGGUCUUGAGGAAAACUCGAAUAUAUUUUCAUCAUUUAGCAUGGCUCUUGGUUGCAACACUUCAUCUGAUCUUCCACUUUUGAGCUCCUGGAAUAUUGAUGUUCUUAUAAGAACCAUAAAGCAACUUGCUCCUGCUACUGACUGGGUACGAGUUGUUGAAAACCUUGAUCAUGAAGGGUUCUACAUUCCUAAUGAGGCAGCAUUCUCCCUUUUCAUGUCUGCCUAUAGAUAUGCAUGCCAGGAACCUUUCCCUCUCCAUGCCAUUUGUGGAUCUCUGUGGAAUAAUACUGAGGGUCAACUAUCUUUUCUAAAAUAUGCUGUAUUAUCACCUCCAGAAGUAUUUACCUUUGUCCAUUCUGGAAGACAGCUGGUCUAUAUAGAUGCAGUACAUGGGCAUAAGCUUCAGCUAGAAGAUGCAAAUCUUGCAUGGUUGUGUCUUGACCUUUUGGAAGUGCUUUGUAAACUAGCUGAGAGUGGUCAUGCUAGAGCUGUUAAAUUAAUGCUUGAGUAUCCUUUGAAACACUGUCCAGAGGUUUUGCUUCUUGGGAUGGCACAUGUUAAUACGUCUUAUAACCUCCUCCAGCAUGAUGUAACUUCCAUUGUUUUGCCAAUGAUAAUUAAAAAUUCUGUGGGCGCUGGAAUGAUCCUUUACCUCUGGCAAGUCAACCAAAAUCUUUUGUUGCGGGGACUUGUAGAAUUACUCAAGUCUGAGCAAGACAACAUAACUAGAAUUGUGGAAAUCUGUCUAGAGCUAAAGAUUCUAUCAACAGUUUUGGAGAUGAUACCUUUUCCUUCCAGUAUAAGACUAGCCAUCAUUGCUUCACGAAAAGAACUUGUUGAUCUUGAGAAGUGGUUAAAUGAUAACCUAUAUAUGUAUAAAGAUAUUUUCUUUGAGGAGUGUCUCAAGUUCCUCAAGGGGAUUCAGUCUGGCAGAUCUCAGGAUUUUUCUGCCAAACUUUUCCACCAUUCAAGUGCUGUUUUUUUCAAGGUCCUUAAAGAUCAAACUGGAUUGAUUUCCUCUACCCAGCUUAUUGAAGAAAUGGAGAAGUUGCAGGCAACAAUAAUGGACUCUAAUCCAAAGCUGCAGAAUGGUGGAACUACUGAAUCAUCAUCCUCUGAUGGAUAUGGAGAUGAUAUUGAAGCAGAAGCAAAUUCUUACUUCCAUCAAAUGUUUUCUGGUCAGCUGACCAUUGAUGCAAUGGUUCAAAUGCUCGCACGAUUCAAGGAAUCUUCUGUGAAAAGGGAGCAAUUAAUUUUUGAGUGCAUGAUUGCCAAUUUGUUUGAAGAAUACAGAUUUUUCCCAAAGUAUCCUGAUAGGCAGCUCAAGAUUGCUGCAGUUCUGUUUGGCUCUGUUAUCAAGCAUCAGCUUGUAACUCAUCUUACACUUGGGAUAGCUUUGCGUGGUGUCUUAGAUGCUUUACGAAAACCUGCAGAUUCAAAAGUUUGUAUCAUCAUUUAGUGCACUUUACUUCCUCUUUUUUUUUUUAACCCCUUUUUUUUUGGGGGGGGGCGCUGUGUGACUAAGGGCAAUUUC